GGGAAGGCCUACGUCAAGCAACAUUAUGUGUCGCCCUGGUCCAUUCAACAACUUCGGAUUUCGGCUACAUUAAUUGCCUCAAUGGCUGCCGGUUACAUUACAACAGAGUUGGCUAAGAAACUGAUCAUCCUCAUAGACAUUGCGUUAGCUAGAUACCAGGAGGAUAACAAAACAACCUGAUUUGCUUUGAAAGGGUCAUGAACGUGACGCGGCAAAACAUGUAACUGGGUGUGACGUCUAAAACGUUUAUAGAGAUUUCACAUUCGCUUAGAUGAGCUUCAAAUGGUUUCGUUUUAACAACUUUGUAGUUAGCUUGGCAAGCUAACGAUGGUUAAGGGAUACAGGAACAGUAGGUUGUGUAGGUGCAGAUAAGAAGAAUCUGGAAAUGGAAUUGCCAAAUCAUGCCAAACAAUUGCUGCUGCAGCUAAACCAACAAAGAGCCAAAGGUUAUCUGUGUGAUGUGAUCAUAGUUGUAGAAAAUGCCCUCUUCCGGGCCCACAAGAACAUCUUGGCAGCCAGCAGCAUCUACUUCAAGUCCCUGAUCCUCCAUGAUAACUUGAUAAAUCUGGACACAGACAUGGUCAACCCGUCUGUGUUUCGGCAGGUAUUAGACUUCAUUUACACCGGCAAGCUUUUGACCUCAGACCAGGUCAAUGACCACAAUUUCAGUGCCCUCCUAACGGCAGCAAGCUACCUCCAACUCCACGACCUGGCUGCCCUGUGUAGGAAGAAGCUGAAGCGCACUGGACGGUCCCUUCUCAACAAGCCGACCACGCCCACCAACGGACGAACCUCCCGCAACCAAAGGCUGUCCUCCACCCCCGUCACUCAGAUGCAAAUGUCAGGGUUAAAAGACAGUGAAAAGCCCAAGCGGCAGCACGACGAAGAGUUGUCCGAGGAUGAGAUGUUCAUCGGGGCCAUGGCCAACUCCCUCAGCCCUUCCACCAGUAAGAAUGGAAGCAACGGCACCAUGACCAACAACAAUAUCAGCAGCAACAACAACAUCGUGGGCAUCCAGGAGCUGGGCCUGGACCUCUCCAAGAAAAGCCCGUCUGGGAGCACGGCCACGGAAGAAGUUAGCCCCAGCAGCAUCCCCCAAGAAUCACCUCAAUCUGCCUCAGAAUCCACAGCCAACAGUGCCUCGUUUGAAGAGAACACCACCAACCCUCAGAGCCUGGUCGGUGGAGAGCCCAUGGACCUUGGAGACGGCGGAGGAGAAGGCGAGGAAGGCCAGCCGCCCGCCGACGUGGACCAACACAGCAAGGUCCCCUCACGCUCCGCAGCCCGGAGCCGACAGCGGGUCAGAGGCGAAGCCAACAAGGCCGACGACUCGGAGCGAGCCGCCCUCCCCAACGGCGUGGCCAAGCGGCUGAACAACAACAUCGGCCCGGACGGCUCCUACCAGUGCAAGGAGGACGAAGAGGGCAUGGAGAACGGCCAGAGCGAGGAGAGCGGCAACAGCGAGGGCGAGAGCGGCGGCCGCAACAGCACCAACUACGUCUACCGGCAGGAGGGCUUUGAGCCGGCCCUCGGCGACAACCUGUACGUGUGCAUCCCCUGCGGCAAGGGCUUCCCCAGCUCGGAGGAGCUCAACGCCCACGUGGAGACGCACACCGAGGAGGAGCUGUACAUCAAAGAGGAGGAGGAGGAGGACUCCUACCAGAAGGAGGAGGAGGCCGAGGCCGAGGACCUGUCGUCCCAGGCGGCGCUGGCCGUCAGCGGGGAGGCCCGCCGCUUCAGCUGCUCGGUGUGCAGCCGGAGCUACAAGGAUCCGGCCACGCUCCGGCAGCACGAGAAGACCCACUGGCUCACCCGCCCCUUCCCCUGCAACAUCUGCGGCAAGAUGUUCACGCAGCGCGGCACCAUGACGCGUCACAUGCGCAGCCACCUGGGCCUCAAGCCGUUCGCCUGCGAGGAGUGCGGCAUGCGCUUCACCCGCCAGUACCGGCUGACGGAGCACAUGCGCGUGCACUCAGGCGAGAAGCCAUACGAAUGUCAGCUGUGCGGUGGCAAGUUCACGCAGCAGCGCAACCUCAUCAGUCACCUCCGAAUGCACACCUCCCCGUCAUAAGCCAAAGACUGCCAGCCCAGGAAAACCCUCUUACCUACAACAAUAAGCGCGUCUCGCGUCAAAAAAAGAGAAAAGCGCACACUCUUACUUCAAAAGUAGGUAUCAAGUUAGUUUUGUCUGGAGCGAGAGAGAGGAUGGGUGAGUUUUCUCCUGCCUUCCAAUUUGGGAGAAGUGGUCAAUAUUAAAGUUCCAACCAUGGAAAAACCAUCAUGAUCUCCUCAAAGAAAAGAAAUCGGUAUUUUUUUUUUUUUUUUUUUUUGCGCAUCUGACUUUACUACAUGCUGUGAAUGUAUGGUUGGGGUACUUAUGCUGUUUUUGUGACGACUUCAUAGGACAACCAGACCACUACAAAUCUGAUGCAGUCUGUUUGGCAGUAAGCUUUCAUUUCUGUGAUGUCUCGUGUCCAGUUGGUCUGGGGGUUUUGUUGGUAUCCCAUACAUACACACUUUUUAUUUGCUGAUCAGAAUCCUGCUGUGGAGUAUUGGCUUGGGAAAGGAGAAUCCUGAAGUCAGUUAAGGAAGUCCUUGAAACACAUAGGUAUAUUGUGACCAUAAGAUUAUGAUAAACGUAUAUUUUAAAUUCAGAGGAAGAUUUAAGAAAAGAAAAAAAAAAAAACUUUCCCAUACUAUGGCAAAUAAGUGUUUCCAGGGGUCUCAAAGAUAGUGUUGUCAGACAUACCAAAAGUAGGAACUGUCUGAAUUCAUUACUGUGGUGUUUCAUGAAAGCUUUGUGCAUCCAACCAAACAUUUCCUUUGAUUUCUGCUCAAUACCACGUGUCCACAUUGAUGCGUCUGUGUGGCUGGACUAGUUCUGCUAAUGGGUUUCAAACCAGUUGUCCUCAAAGUGAAUUGGCUGCAUGACAAGCCAUCCCAUAUGCAGGGCAUUUCUCACCUUUUCUCUCUCUUUCUUUUCCAAAUAUUUUGCUGUCUUUGGAUAAACCUUUUUAUGUUGGUACAAUAUACAUUUUUAUUUUCAUACGUUUGAUUUGAAGUGCCCUCUAUUUUGAGAGACUGGUCAUCAUUUGCGUACUUUAGCACUUUUGGUUUGAAACCCAAGUUCCUCCAGGCUCUCCCAUUUAGCCGCGGGAGAGUAAUUAUAAACCAAUACACACAUCAAUCCACAGCUCAGUUACACCUGGACAGUCUUGUGGGAACGUGGUACGAGAAAUCAUUGGAAUCUUUUUAAGCUGUGUCGUUUACUCAUAGUAUAUAGGGGUUUACUCUCAAAGAAAAAGCCAAACAAAAUGGUACUUGUUUUAGAUAACUUAUUGUUAUGCUUCUGUGAAUGUUUAAACUGGAAGUUCUUUUGAUAUUUCCUUUGGGGAUCAGUAACUGGGUUGGCUUGGGUGAUGGGCUGGGUGGGGGGACUCUAGUGAAUGUCGAGCUUCAGAUUCUGUUGGUACUGUUGUGUUUUUACAGUUUUGUUUUUCCCUCACUGAAAAAAGGCAGGUCUAUUUGAAUAGUCCUGUCGCAUUGCUACCUCUUAAUUCUUCUUAAGAACAAUACAUUCAUUAAUGGAAAUAUGGGGAUUCCUGACAUGUAUAAAGGUUUGCUGAGGCUUUUGAAAUAUUUGUAACCUGCCCAUCUCUCAACAAAGGUUUUAAUGCUACAUUUACAAAGUUUUAAACCUAUUAUAGUAGAAAAUAGCUUCUUGGACGCAUGUAUUUAAGGUAUUGUAAUUUUUCUUGCCUAGCGCAAUUGAUGAUAAAAAUGUAAAGUUUAUGUAAGUGAAAUCCAAAGAGAAGAUAUUGUCAUGGAGAAGUGGCUACAAACUAAACUUUCCUGUAGAAGUUCACAACCAAAGUGUUUCAAUAUUGGAAAUCGACACUGCAGCUGAUAAAAUAUGAUCUCUCCCAAGC